AGUCAGGUGUUGUAGCCCAGCUGACUAAAAAUAUCAUCUUAAACACAGAGCCGGAGAGAGCAGUUAGCAUUCUGCUUUUAUGCUGCUUGGCCGCAGACGCACACACACACACAUUCUCACAUGUCCACUGAGGAAAAGUGGAGGUGCUGGUCAGUGAUCCCGCUCAGGAACGGAUUAACGGAUAACUUUUAACAGUUACAAGAAAGGGCAGGGGCGAAACAUGUCCUCCUGUGUGGUGAAGUCCAGAGGUAAAAACCCGUACACAGCGGUGCAGGUGGACCCAGACAGCGAUUACAUCACACCAGGAACAUUAGACCUGGAGCAGCUGUUCUGGAGCGGGAGUGGGGCUCAGUUUGCCCAUGUCAACCAGGUCUGGCCCAGCGUCUACAUCGGGGAUGAGAAAACGGCUCUGGAGCGGCCCGGCCUGAGGGAUCUGGGUAUUACACAUGUCCUGAAUGCUGCAGAGGGGAAGUUUAAUAAUGUGCUGACUGGUGCUGAUUACUACGGUGACAUGGACAUCCAGUACUACGGUGUAGAGGCUGAUGACAAACCCACCUUCAAUAUCUCCCAGUACUUCUGCCCUGCAGCCCAGUUCAUCCACGAGGCCCUCAGUCACCCACAGAACAAAGUGCUGGUGCACUGUGUAAUGGGUCGGAGCAGGUCAGCGACUCUGGUCUUGGCAUACCUGAUGAUGAAACACAGCCUAACUGUGGUGGAUGCUAUUGAGCAUGUGCGACAGCGGCGUUGUAUCUUGCCCAAUCAUGGAUUCUUAAAACAGCUCAGAGCCCUGGACAUCACGUUACAAGAGGAGAGGCUCAGAGAAAAAAGACAAAUGCAAGACCAAUAGCACAUGAUAGAUUAAUAAUAUGCCAGUGUUUACAACUCUCAUUAUUCCCUGAAUCCAUCUUAGGUAUACAAAAGUCUUCUUUAUGUUUCUUUAACUAUUGUAGCAAUAAACGCUGCUCUGUUUUUCACAACAGCUGUAUGAGUCAUGUUGGUCUCAUACAGUUCAAAUGUCAAAUGUGCCCUCAAGGGCCUAGUGAUGUUUUUUCAGUGAAUACUACAGGCCAGCGCGGGUACUAAUUGAAUUUAAAGCUCCAGACCAGAUAAUGGGCAGAAAUGUCCCGGUAUAGAUAACAAUGAAAUAAUCACAUCUGCCUCAGGUCAGUGUCUGUGUCCAGCAGCAGAACUGUGAUUCUGAUUCAGAUAUACCAAACCAUUGUUUACACUCACUGAUACUUCCUCAGCACUGCCUCAUACUCCACCAUCUUACAUCUAAAAAUAUAUAUAUUUCAGAAAACUGAUGGGAAGAAAACAUCUGGAAAGUGUGUGAAUAUUGAAAGUGUAAUGACAGGUUUCGCUUGCAGUUCACAGCCCAGCACAGUAAGUAGAAAUUUUUUAACCACAAAUCAUGUUUUAGAUCUGUAGCCACUGACUUGAAAUGGCUCUACUUGUGUUAUUGUGCUGAUUAGAUGUAUAGCAUACAAUGAGGGGUAAGAAAAUUGAAUCCAAUAUUCACUGACUAAUGCGGACUUGAAGCAUUUUGUUGCACUGUGGACUUUAAUGGUAAUCAAGAAGUCGCAGAUUUGCAAAGUA